GAGAAGGAAAAGGGGGAGACGACGGAGAGCAGGAACGCGAGGAGGUGGACCUGGAUCCGUUUCUCCCGGCCAGGACCCGAGCGGCCCCAGCUACCGCUACCCGCCGGCGCCGUCCCCUAUCCAUUAGCACUCCUGCGCCCACCCGCGACCCCCGGCUCUCUGCGCGUCGGGCCGGGGCCGGAGCGGCGCGGCCGGAGACUGUCUGGCCUCCGGGUGAUGCUCACGCUGUGCUAAGUGUCGGUGGCCAUCAAGGUUUUUGCAUCCUGGGGACGAAUCCUGACCUUGCCAGAGACGGACAUCGAAAGGUCCGGCCUCUGUUCCCCUGUGAGGAGCAGCCACGGCCCAGCAAGAUGUCCCGGCACCACAGCCGCUUCGAACGAGAUUACCGCGUGGGCUGGGACCGCCGAGAGUGGAGCGCCAACGGUACUCAUGGGACCACCAGCAUCUGCAGCGCCACCGCGGGGGCCGGUGGCGGCUCAGCCAGUAGCCUCAGCGCCCGGCCCGGCCUCUUGCCGCUGCCCGUGGUGCCGUCCCGGCUGCCCACGCCCGCCACCGCCCCAGCUCCCUGCACUACCGGCAGCGGUGAGGCCAUCACCAGCCUCGUGGCCAGCUCUGCCUCCGCCGUCACCACCAAGGCUCCCGGCAUCUCCAAAGCGGAUAGUCAGUCCCAGGGACUCACGACCAGCAUCCGGUGGGGGCAGACGCCCAUCAAUCAGUCCACGCCCUGGGACACUGAUGAGCCGCCCUCCAAACAGAUGAGGGAGAGCGACAAUCCAGGCACAGGGCCAUGGGUGACCACGGUGGCCGCCGGGAACCAGCCUGCCCUGAUCGCACACUCCUAUGGAGUGGCCCAGCCUCCUACCUUCAGCCCGGCUGUGAACGUCCAGGCCCCAGUCAUUGGGGUGACCCCCUCACUGCCUCCCCACGUGGGGCCCCAGCUCCCGCUGAUGCCAGGCCACUACUCGCUCCCACAGCCACCCUCUCAGCCACUGAGUAGCGUGGUGGUCAACAUGCCGGCCCAGGCCCUGUACGCCAGCCCACAGCCCCUGGCCAUGUCCACACUGCCUGGCGUGGGGCAGGUGGCCCGUCCGGGACCCACUGCCGUGGGCAACGGCCACAUGGCAGGGCCCCUGCUGCCUCCACCAGCACCAGCCCAGCCGUCUGCCACCCUCCCCAGCGGUGCCCCUGCCACCAAUGGGCCCCCCACGACUGACUCGGCCCAUGGGCUGCAGAUGCUACGGACAAUUGGCGUGGGGAAGUAUGAGUUCACCGACCCUGGGCACCCCAAAGAAAUGUUGAAGGAAUUGAACCAGCAGCGCAGAGCGAAAGCGUUUACAGACCUGAAAAUUGUUGUUGAAGGCAGAGAGUUUGAAGUCCACCAAAAUGUUCUAGCUUCCUGCAGCUUGUAUUUCAAGGACCUGAUUCAAAGGUCGGUGCAAGAUGGCAGCCAGUGUGGCCGGGAGAAGCUGGAGCUCGUCCUGUCCAACCUGCAGGCCGAUGUCCUUGAACUGCUCCUGGAGUUUGUCUACACGGGCUCCCUGGUCAUCGACUCGGCCAAUGCCAAGACGCUGCUGGAGGCCGCCAGCAAGUUCCAGUUCCACACCUUCUGCAAAGUCUGUGUGUCCUUUCUCGAGAAGCAGCUGACGGCCAGCAACUGCCUGGGGGUCCUGGCCAUGGCUGAGGCCAUGCAGUGCAGCGAGCUCUACCACAUGGCCAAGGCCUUUGCGCUGCAGAUCUUCCCUGAGGUGGCGGCCCAGGAGGAGAUCCUCAGCAUCUCCAAGGACGACUUCAUCGCCUACAUCUCCAAUGACAGCCUCAACACGAAGGCCGAGGAACUAGUAUAUGAGACCGUCAUCAAGUGGAUCAAGAAGGACCCCGUGGCCCGUGCACAGUAUGCCGCAGAGCUCCUGGCCGUGGUCCGCCUCCCCUUCAUCCACCCCAGCUAUCUGCUCAACGUGGUUGACAACGAGGAGCUGAUCAAGUCGUCAGAAGCGUGUCGGGACCUGGUCAACGAGGCCAAACGCUACCACAUGCUGCCCCACGCCCGCCAGGAGAUGCAGACACCCCGAACCCGGCCCCGCCUCUCCGCAGGUGUGGCUGAGGUCAUCGUCUUGGUUGGGGGCCGUCAGAUGGUGGGGAUGACCCAGCGCUCACUGGUGGCCGUCACCUGCUGGAACCCACAGAACAACAAGUGGUACCCCCUCGCCUCACUGCCCUUCUAUGACCGAGAGUUCUUCAGCGUAGUGAGUGCCGGGGACAACAUCUACCUCUCAGGUGGGAUGGAAUCAGGGGUGACGCUGGCCGAUGUCUGGUGCUACAUGUCCCUGCUCGAUAACUGGAACCUCGUCUCCAGAAUGACGGUCCCCCGCUGCCGGCACAACAGCCUUGUCUACGAUGGGAAGAUUUACACCCUCGGGGGACUUGGCGUAGCGGGCAACGUGGACCACGUGGAGAGGGUCAUUUGCAUGUCAUUAGCAUAUCCUUCUCAAGCAGGAAGCUGACAGAUUGAGCUGACGGAGGGGCUUGUGGCUUGGCAAUCAGCCACCUGGAAUAACAAACUCUCGGGAAAUUCGCAUUUGGCGGAAUGUGCCAUUAUACCCAAAGCCUGAAGACAGCCACAUAAUCUUCCACUGUCACCCAGCUCUUCUGCAGGAGCUCUUUGGAUCUCUGCCAUAUUGGCUUAAAAAACAGAUAUCUGAACUUCUGACACUGUCCAAAAAGACACUUACUGCAUUGCCUAUUAAGCCACAUAUCAUUCGACUGGGGCUUAACUGAAUCAGCGCCUGCUGCCCUGUAAGGUACUUCAGCCGCUUCUCAAACCCGGAGUCUUCCCAGGCACAGAGCUGGACGUCCCAUCCCUGUCCCCUCAUCCCUGUCUCAGAGCCAGGAGCACCGGCUAAGAGAGGCCAUCUUCUGGAUCACUAAGCUGUGACCGUGUUAUGGCCCAUGUCCCAGGGAGGCUGCUGGGAAAAAGUGGGCCCUGUGUGCUUCCCAGGAAAGGUGUGCUGGGAAAAAUCCAGCCCACAGCGGAGGCCCCACCUUGGGUCUGGAACACGCGAAAGAGCCAUGUGGUGAGCGGUAGAUGGGCCACCAAGUGGAAGGUCCAGAGUGAAUGCUGGUGAGACCAGCCCUCUAGGAACAAUUGACAGAGACGCUGAGAACUGAGAUCCAAGCUGUCCAGGAAGACCUCAGAUACCCCAGUUCCUUGGCUGAUCUGCUCCAUCCCCAAUCUCUCCCCAUCAGCUGCUUCCUGUCACUUUUGUCCCUGCCUUGUCCGGUACUCGCACUCUAUCUCUUCUCCGUGUUCUUACUUUGCCACUUUGUCCUGUAGUACACAUGUCACAGAUCUGUUCAGCCCUGACUCGUCCCCUUCUCCACGCCUACCCCCGGGGGCUGAACACUGGUGGAGAAAAUCCCACCGUCCAGUAGAUUGGCCCCAUGACAAAGUGAAGUCAUCCAACGAAUACUGGGUCCUUCAUGCUGCAGGGUCCUGUCAGCGGUUUCUCUCGCUCUCAAGAGCGUUUGGUUCUCGUCUCCUCCUCCCCGAUCAAGGCUCUGAGCCCACAGACUCCAAUACUCCUGCCGUCACUGACUCCUACUUCACAGAGAAGGUGGAGCCCUCAAUCAACAACUCUCUGGUGUCCCUGCCGUCACUUCUGCAUAUGUACUGACGCUCACGCCAUCCUUGCCUUCCUCUCUCCCACCCACACAGACACCACUUCCCUCUCCACUCUGGACCCUACUUGCAUCUCCCCACCAGGGGCCUCCUUUGAUCAGCCCUCCCCUCUCUUUCAUAUAUAUUUAAUCUUCUUCUUAUCCAUUUGGCCUCCUUCCUGUCGGCACAUAAACACAAGCCCUUCCCCCUAAAAUUAAAACAAAACCCGUGGUAUGCCGUAGCUCGUUCAUACUGGCUCCCAAGAGGUGACUACUACCUUUAUAGGAAUUCUGCAAGCCAGUUGUUAGCUACAGGUGUUAUUAAAAAUCAAAUCAUAUAAACUUAGAACUAAAUAAGUUACAUUAAAAACAAAGGAAAUCCAUACUCAAAACUCAUCACUGCUUUUUUUUUAACUAUAUUUUUCACUGUCUAUGCUCUGGAGGUGAUAUGUCCACUGUGUCUGUAUAUGGGUAUAUGGUGGAUAUUCUGACUGGCAGUGUCCUCUUCCCAAUGCCACAUUCAGCCAUGAGCCAUCGGUAGCUUGAAAUCAGCCAAGAUGAGAGGAUUUACAUCACAGAAAUCAGCAAGUGCUUACAUAUCAGGACUCUUUUCCCCUAGCAAGCUUGUUUUUAAACACUUCUCAGCAUACCCCCGACAAAAGCCAUCUCUUAGCUCCAUAUGCCUUCUUAGGUCCCACCUUCUCUGCCCCUUUCCCAGCUAAGUUUCAUCCAAGAGAAGUCUCCCUGUCGUGUCUACUGCCUCCCUCUCAUUCACUUCGUGAUUCACAACUAGCUCUCGACGAGAGCGCCGGGAACCCGUCUGGGACUUCUUUGACCUCCUGCCAUAUCCCCCACCCGUGGAGCUGUGUGCCCCCUGUGCUGCCGCCACUUCCCCGGGGACCCCCUCAGCUCCCCUCUUAGAGGCCAGCAUUUCCUCAGAGUGCCCUCUGUUCCUCAGUCUUACUCUUGCCUACGCAGCCCCUGUAAGCUCCUCUCCCUUCAGUUUCCAGCUCUGUGCCAACAGCGACCCCAUGGCUGCACAUCUAGGCCACAGAUCCGUAUAUCCAAUGGCCCACUGCACAUCCCCGGUCUGUUACCCACAGAUGCCUUAAACUCCCCAUGAAUAAAACAGAAGUCGUCACUCUCCUCCAAACUCCCCAACCUCGAUUCCCUGUCCCCCAGGUAGCACCCCCUCCAUCCAACUUCCCAAGCCAGAGACCCUGAGUCAUCCUAGGUGACUCUACCUUCCUUAAUGGCAACAUCAAUUAAUGACUGAACCCUGUCAGGUCACCUCUCCUGUUCCCACCUCCUCUCGUCCUUCCCUGGUCCAGCCCACUGUUUCCCCAGCUUCCAGCCCAGAGCCUGGGUAGACAGGAGAUGCUCAGUGCAGAACCGUCAGACAAAAGGGUAGGAAUGAGCUGGAUAGAAAGGGAUACAGGUGCCUAGAAGCUGGGGAGCUCUGUGGGAGCAGAAGAAUGGAGACCAGAAUCUGCACAGAGGCAAGAAAGAGCCCACUGGGGUUCAGGAGGAAGGCUGAGAGGGCUAGUUUGGGCCAGAACCUAGGUGAUCUCAGGCUCUGCCAGUGAUGCCAAGGGCAGGAAGCAAAUGCUGGCGCCCCUCCCCGGCAAUGUCCACUGCCUUGGUUGUCGCCCCUGCUCUGAGCAAGGCCCAUCUUUGACACAGGGCUCUUUUU